AUGCUUUUCAACACAUGCCGCGCGCUAGCGAUAGCUCUUGUAGCUGCCAUCCCAUACGCGACAGCGCAACGAUUCUACGGUCCAGAAGAUCCACGGCUUGUCACUCAACUCACGACAAAACACCCAAUUAAUGGCGUAAGCACAACUCCAGACGGCCGCUUGUUCGUCGUAUACGCCCGUGUCGACGGCUCCAAAGGACCUCAAGUCGCUGAAUAUGACCAAAGCACCAACACAACGAGCGCCUACCCAAACGAGAAAUGGAACAACUACACCGAGGGUGCAGAUCCAGCAACGCAUUUCGUCGGCGUCAACGGGCAGCGGAUAGGGCCCGACGGCAACCUCUGGGUCAUCGACAAAGGCGCUGCGGCACUUGGUGGCACUGUUCUACUGCCGUACGGACCGAAGCUGGUCGUCAUCGAUACCAAGACGAAUGAGGUCAGCAAGGUGUAUUUCAUGGGCAACGCUACUAGAUACAACAGCCUUCUCGACGACGUCCGCUUCAACAUCGCCACUGGAAAAGCCUACUUGACCGACGCUGGUAGCCCCGGCUUGAUCGUGCUGGAUCUCGCCACUAGCAGUACUUCACGAGUUCUCGAUGGCGACCCGACUACAGACGCUACAAUACCUGUGUCCGCCGAAGGAACAGCAUUGCACAUUGGCUCCAAGCCAGCGUUCAUCUACGCCGAUCAACUGGAAGUAAGCCCUGACACCAAAUACCUGUAUUACCAGCCCGCCAACGGUGGCAUGUUCCGGGUCGAAACCAAGUUGCUGGACCAAGCCACCUAUAACUCCUCCCUAAACUCCAACUCAAUCCUCGGUCCCUACGUCGAGCCCUACGCCAACACCCCAUCAACAGGCGGCACAGCGAUCGAUGCGCAGGGCAACAUCUACGUCAGCGACACGGACAGCCAGCGAAUCAUCAAAAUCUUCCCCAACUCUACGAUGACUUUGCUCGUGCAAGAUCCGAGAUUGUUGUGGGUGGAUGCGAUGUGGGUUGAUUCGCAGCAGAGGCUGUGGAUGCCGGCGGCGCAGCUCAAUCGAGGGACGCCGUUUAACGGUGGGAAGAAUUUGGUGGAACCGCCGUUGCAUGUGUUUAGUAUGGACAUUGGGGUCGGCCCUUCGCCUGUUGAUCAUGCAUGA